UUGUCAUUUAGUGAACACAGGGCUGUGACAGUCCAUUGCGGGGCCCCGUGUGACUGGAGGGAGGGAACGUAAUUAAUAAAAAUAUAUAAAUUAAAACAAUAAUAAGAUACGUAUACACAUAACACACGGCUUGAAAUUUAACAUUCAGCAAAGUACGUGAGUCACCAGUAUAGAAACCCCCUCGACGCAGUGAUGAACCGAAGUGUUUAAAAAUAGUCAUAUCAUCACAAUUACCCGGACUGAGGACCCGUGACAGUGUAGGUGAAGAAGAGAACAGAAGAAGAGUGAAGGAAGGAUGUAGGUGGUGCGGGGAGACUUGUGUUUCAGUGAGUGUGGUAGACCCUCUGCUGGUGUGAGCGACCAACACACACACACACACACACACGCGGGUGAGACGUUGGUGGUCCCUGUCAGCUCCGCCCCGUCAGGUCAGACCAAGCCCCGUCAGAUCUGUCUCAUCAGGUUUACAUCAUAAAGCCUAUACCCCAGCAGACUCGCCCUGUCAAGUUCGGUCCGUGUACCCUCACCCUCCACCAUGGGCUACCUGGCUGUCCUCAUUAUGGCGUGUGUGGUCGGGGCGUGCGAGUCUCACCUGGUUAAUAACUUGGUCCAUGACGCCGCUCUCCCUACCUGUGCCGCCCUCCUCCACCAGGCCUCUCACCGCCCACGACUCUCCGCCCCUAUGCCUCCUGACCUACGGGGCAAGUGGGUCUCCAGCAGGUGUGAGUCUCGACCCGGUCCCCGACAUGUGCUGCGUUCCUAUACCUUCCACCAUGAUAAGUCCUUCCACCUGGCUCUCCACCUGUACCGUGAUGCCUCCUGUGCUCACCCCACCUACACCCUCUCCGCUCACGGCCACCUUACUCUCGGUCGUCCCUCCUGGGUUACUCCGGGAGGCACCGAAGCUGAGUACAUCGUCUCUAGGGUGGAGGUAGUGAGCCAUACACACCGUGACGCCGCCCUCGUUGCUGCCGCCGUCAACGCCUCCUGCCCCGGCAAAGUCAUCAAGCCCUGGAAGCCUCACAAGCCUCACACGGUCCUGGCCUACACGGAGACCAAUAACGAGGUGAUGGAGGACGACGACUGCGGCAGGAAUCUAGGGGCCGCCUGGCACGAACUCCAGCUGGUGAGGGUGGAGCUCACGGCCCCCAAGCACUCGCAGAAGGGCACCCAGGGCGGCUCUUCCUCCUCCUCCAUGAUGGGCGCCCGGAAGGAACUCUUCUUGGGUGACAUACACACGGAUUUCUCCAAGCAGGACCUCUACCGCCCUACGGGUUACCAGCCACCUCUCUUGAACGUCAAAUACGCAAGUGAUUGUGGAGUGUGUGGGGCGGUGGGGCGGAGCAACGAGCGUAGCCCCGCCCACCUGCACGCUGGCCCCGCCCUGCCUCUGGUGCUGGCGGGCGCCUGGGCCUCCCCGAGGUGUGAGACGCGACCCUACGGCAUGUUCCUCACUCGCCACCUCCUCUUCAGCCCGGCUCGUCAGGAGUGGUCAAUGACUCUACGCUACUACCAUGACCCAGAGUGUUCCCGCCCUUCCUUCACCCUCCACGCCACCGGUACCUACGCCCACGCCACGCCCGCCCCUUACGCCCAUGACUUUACCGUCAGCCGCCUUGUACUGACACCAGAAGACGCUGAUUUGGCCAGCGCCCUCAACUCCUACAAAGGAAAGGAGUGCGGGCGACCGGGGAAGUGGACCCCCAAGAAAUCGCAAGAUGUGACGUCGACAGGAGGGUGUAAGGCUGUGGGCGUGCGGGUGCCAGUCGUCGAGAAGGAGAUUAUCCGAACGGGUGUGGAUGAGACGGGCGGUAUGUGGCUGAUGCUGGGACAAACGGCCACCACUCCCCGGCAGUUGGGCGACACCCCUCGACCCACCAGCUGGGGACCAACUCUCAUCAGCUGCAGACACUACAACACCCAUGAACAAGAUAACUCUCUCCGACCUAUGGUGGGGGCUCGUGUCGCCUCCUCUGCUGCCUCUCUUACUUACACCAAACCCAUAAUUGUCGCGCUCUUGGUCCUGUUGGCGCUUACCUGGAAACCCUGAGAGGGAGAGUGAAAUUUCUUUGGUUACCCACAAAGAUAAAAAAUGGGCUAUUAUAGAAAACGAGAAAGUUUCAAGCCCAUCCUAAGAUCAAAUAUAUUGUAUUUGAACUUUGCGAUUAUGUGACUAUUAUAGCGAUCAGUUAAUUGUAGAUGUAGAAUUCGUUAAUAUUAGAUUUCACUCGGUUUGCUGUUUGUGAAAACAUUGUCCACUAAUGUUCGCCAAAACAGUGUACUGUACCGUAGACUCGUUGUCGACGCACGGCGAUGCACCCUCCAUAAGCUUUAAACAAACUUAAAUGUUGUAAUAUAUUUGAAGCUCAUGCUCUUUACCUAUAUUAAUACAUACAACAGUACAUUUUAACAUCUGCCUCAAGAGCACUUGUAUAUUUUUUUUAUUUUUUCUGUCCCAUUUUGUUUUAACAUUCCAUUUAGCUGUACAAGAACAUAGAAUUACAUGUAAUUGGUGUAUUAGCUUUAAGAUGUAGACGAUUUGGUAAAUGUUACUCUAGCUUCCCAGUAACGAAAGUUCUUCAUAUAUUUUCAGAUGAUUAAAUUUUACAUAUGAAAUCGUCCAGCCACAGAUUUGAUGUAUUGAUUUGACUAACACCCUGCAUGUGCUUAGUUUGCCAUUGAUAAGUACAGUAUCAUUAGCUCUGAGUCACGUUCAAAGAUCUUGGAGAGGUUGUACGUGGGUUUAAACUUCACUAAACUUCACCUUCCCAGCACACAACACCAGCGGAGAUAGAGUUGAGUGACAACACACACACACACACACACACACACACACACACACACACACACACACACACACACACACACAGGUUUAACUUGGACUAUUGAGCAUAUCUAUUUUCGGCAGCGAGUUCCCAUAAAUAGGAAAGUCUUAUCUAGGUGCACAACUCGGUAUCUAUAGAGACGAGUUUGGAUACUAAUGAUCAGUAAUGGAGUACAUGAUGCCAUAUUAGUUAAUGGAUUACGGAUUCAUUAUGGUUUGAGUUACAGAGAGACAAAUCAACUAUUAUUAUACAGUAUUGCUGAACGCGAGUGUAAGCCACUCAAGCCAUCAUGUCCAUUACACCCAUGUCCUCGUGUGCUGUUUAUUGAGAUCUAAACAAAACAUUAAUCCCUUCUUUCCGCCCAAAAGGUUUGACAAGUUAAAUAGUAAGCAUUUUAUUAUUAUUUUAACUAGGAUAUUGAAGGCGUUUGGUGUUAUAUCGUGUGUUCAAUUUAUGACUUACACAUAUAUGCAUCAUCCAGUUGGUUGUAUAUUUACUUAGCAUAUUGGUUUCUUUAGUAAGAGGCUUAUACUCUCAUAAUAUAUAACUUUGUGCAAGUAAAUCACUGUAGGUGCGCGUGAUCUAGGUAUAUGCAUAUAACUUUGUGUAUAGAACUUGUCAGAUAAAGAGAAAGAAAAGUGAUUGGCAUAAAUGCUUUUCAAUACUUUAUAAAGCAGCGAAAAUAUAGAAAUGUUUGUGUGAAAUUUCGAUUGCCUAACAAAUUUAUGAACUGAAUUUAUAGUUUGGGAGUGAACAGUUUAAUGGUGACUGUCCUGCAGGCAUUAUUUGGGUGAGAUAAAGAGGCAAGAUAUUGACGCUUCUUAGAAUUAUAUUUUAGGGUAUAUUAAUAUUGUAUGGUCUGCAGUAAACUUCAACUCAAUUUUAAAAUUAUCCAGUGAAAUAUAUUACUGAAAUAGUCGUACAUAUCAACAAGAACUCAGUAAUACAUUUUUCACCAUUCUCAGAAGACUACUUAAAGAUCUGGUAUCUCAUGAAAUAAAAACAACAACAGGUUUCCUAAAAUGCGUUGGUUUACUCUGGGCCAGAUGACUCGGUGUGCCCGUCUUGGCCGUGACUGACCCACAGCAACCUACACCCUGAACCGCCUACCUCAGCCUCAUAUUAAAACACGGCGUCCAUACCAAUGACUUUACUAAAUCAACCCUAACAUUAUCACUAUUAGUACUUUAUGAUUUGCAAGUAUAAUUAGGUUUCCUUGUAUAUAUUGUAACUUACUUUAUACUUUAGGCAGCUGUAGAGUGCAGUUACACCGUAAGAGUGUAGCUGAAUUUGUGUUGUAAGAAACUUUGUAGGUUAGGAUGAUAUGAUUGAGGGAUAAGUGAGUCCUCUGCUGCGCGUUUCAGAGUUGGCUGAGUAUCUCCCUCUGGUGCCGCUGAGUGAGCACCGAUUAGCUCUUAGUUUAUGAAUAUUUACUUAAUGUGUAGAUCUGUAGAUUAUAUGUGUAAAAAGUGGAUUAUAAGUGUAUUAUAUUAUAGUGUUAAAUGUUAGUUAAGAACUUUGCACUUCAAACCAGUUCCUGUACUCAUUUCGUCGCAAGAUCUACCUGGCGCAAAUCCCUCGCUCAUGGUUCUUACUCUCUGCGAUGGCGGCGUCUGAAAAGAGGGAAUAUAUGUAGAGUUGUUUUGCGACCUGAGCUACAUCAUAUUGGUUCAUGAAUACUUCACCGUUCCAGCAUUGUCCAGGAGGGGUGCAUGUAAAUAUGUCCAUGUUUUAUGUCGUCGCUUUUCGGUGUUUAGCAAGUAAGGAAAUAAAGAUGAAAGUUUCCUGCAGUUAUGGGAACACAUAAUCGAGUUUUUUGUUCAGACUUAGUAAGUUUUGCGCACAAAUUAUUUUCAAGUUAAUGGCAAAUUUUCAUUAUUAUUCGAUAGAACACCCUCUCACUUAUUAGAAGCUCCGGUUUAAAAAGAUAAUCAAGGACAAGGAAAUUUUUUUUUGCCGAGGUUGGCAUAAGCACUCCUUAUUCUCUGGCUCACACCAAGCUACCACUCUUGAUCUAAGUAAUGCAGAAUCUAGUCAAAAUGUUUUUGUGUUCAUUACCUGGCAGAGUUUAUAGCAGUAGAUGUAAAGUUCGUGGUUUGGGGGUCUGAGGCAUCUUGUGACCUACAACAGUAUGUCCGGUUGAAUGUUUAUCACCACCAAGUUUUCUUCUCCACUAAAUGAAUAUUGCUGAAGCUGUACACUGAAGAAAAAUGAACCAAAUAAGGAAUUGAAAGGAACAAAUACAUUAACUACGCUGUUAGGUAUGUGGUGAUGUGUUAGUAGUUCUGUAGAUCUAACUGUAAUAUUGUCGAAGGCUAUAUACUGUACUCAGAUUUAUCCUUUAUGCCAUAGUUUCUUUGUAUCUGCAGUGUUUAAGUAUUCCGCCUACCUAUUUAUAGUGUGAUAAUAACUAUUUCUACCUAACACUUUUAUCUGGCUUUUCUUGGUUUAUGUUCAUUUAUUUGUUACUUGAUCCACAUACUGUAUUGGUGUGAGAGGCUGUCAAGCAGAACUCCUUCCCUCUCUUCCUCUUUGUUCCCAAACCUCUUUUCUUACUUUUUUACAACCUUCGAGUACUUUAGUCUUAAAUUCGUACUCUCGGUACUCCACCAGAUAGCAUUCUUACUCCCAAUUAAUACUCUAACCUCAACUUUGUACUGUAUGAUAAUUAUGUGCUUGAUCGUACCUUCACCUAUUACAGUAUAGUACUCCAACCCCCAGUUACAGUUUAAGGCCUUCGUUACAGUAGCAGCUCUUUAACUAGACACAGACAGAAGUCCUACACCCUGCAUGAGCUCCUGUGUCGCAUUCUCAACAACAGUUACAGUAUUAUGGCGAAUACAUUUUUAAAAUUACGUAUGACAUAUGUUACUACAAUUAUAGCAAGGCUAGAUGUUGAAUCUAAGCAGUUGAUUGUCAGUGUCUGUCAUUUGUCUAUCAGAUGCCAAAAUUGUUAUUAUAAAAUGGAGAAACUCAACCCAGAUUUAAGUGUGGUUCAUCCCCCCCAAAAAUGCUUAUUAUCGAUCGGUCAAAUCCAUGAUACUGGUAUUAUUAGUAGAGUACUUAGAAAACUUACUGUAUACAUUGUCACAAUAACAGCUCUGUUUAACGUGAGAUAUGAAUUAGAGUUAUUAUUUGAUAUAAACAUCUCAUACUUUUUUCUACUUUAACAGUGCAGUAAAUCUAGGCCUCAUAUCAGGACAUCCCACCAAUAAUCAUUUGUAGGAUUUUUGUAGGAGACACAGCAUUAAAGACGUAAAAAAUACCAGUUAAUUUGUUCCUGUCAACUCCAGCUGCUUAUAGCCAUCGUCAUGGAGUCAAUUUGGACGCUCUUCCAUGGAGUUCAGGAGAAAGUAAGCAUCAUCUAGUGUUAUUGUGUUGUAGUAGGUCGUAAAAUGAAAACUUUUUUGCUGAUAUUAAACGUCUCGUGUAAUUUUACUACAUACAUGAGUACCACUAAAUUGAUAGUGUCGAUUAAUCCUAUUGGAUUCUUGUGGGUAUGACGUACCUGUAACGGUAGUUCGUUUAAAGCUGGUAAACACCCGUAAGCCAGGCGGCUCCAUCAUUACCUAAUUCGGCCAAACUUCUUUCAUGUCAUUUAGUUUUCAAGUACAAUUUAGUGUUGUGUCCUCUUGUCUCGUACACUCUUCUAAAGGUUAACCUCAUUAUUCACGAGUUUUCGAUAAGCAAGAGUGAAGUAAAGUGAUGAGGUAAAUGGUGGAGAACACUUGGCUUAUACAGCUUAUUUAACAGCAAGUAGACAACUUUAUCGAAAGCUGAACACGUGUAUUGAAUAAAUUUAAAACUGAAA